AAGACAUAUUUCCCGUGUGGCCAAAAGUCGUGGUUCUGCUCUGCAUGUCGGGUCCUUUUCCAUCAGAAGAGACCAGUCACCACGACGAACAUCACAACCGCGACUCCAAGUCCACCACACACUCCCGACAAUGUCGCCAUAGACCAGCAGACCGCCCAAAAGUAUGAGGGUGCCGUGGCUUCGACCGGAGAAUCCUCGUUGGCAUAUAACAAACUCAGGAAGAAAUGGAUAAAUAUCAGCAGAUAAGAAGCUAUGCCAAUGACGUCUCUCUGAUCUUUUGUAAGUGCGCCCCGGUAUUUGGAUGUGGCCAUGCGAGUGAGAAGGCGUGUGUAGAGAACAAGAAGGCCGAAUUUAACAAAGAGUGCCGAACUGCCGGCAAAGAAAGAGGUGAAGGUGCUGAGUAUGCUAUCAAUAAGCGUUUCAGGUCCCAGGUUGCGCUCAUUUUGGUUGUCGUUUUUGUCGUCAGUAUUGUCGAUAUGUUGGUUUUUGGAUGUGUCGAAGGCAAGAUUAGUAUGACGUGCCAAGAAAUGGAAACGGUGUACGGCAACGACUUGAAGAGAAGGAUCAAUAGACUCUGUCGCGCCUUAUAGGAUGCAGUGUUUCUACCUCUUUCGAGGUCAUUGAGUCCGAUCACAACUCCAACCAUAUUGUGGCACCACACCCUCUCAACCCUGAGAGACCGAACUUGCUGCCAUCUAUAUCUGUCACGACAACAAGUGUUCUACGUGACCUGACCCUCGCUCACCACUGACCCACAACUCCGUAAAUUGCAGAUUCACUCAAGCCCCAAGCUCAGUCAUAGCUCUCACAACAAUCUCCUUCCAAUCCUUCACCUUCUCCUCCCCCUGACCC